AUGCCUCCAGUCUGUGUUAUUUGCUGCUACGUGCUGUUCUUUCUCCCCCUCUCAGGCUGGCUCACCACGAAGAGGCGCAAGAGCUGCAAGGAGGAGCUGAUGGAGCUAGAACUGGCAAUGGAGCGAGAGAGCUGGCUCACCACCAAGAGGCGCAAGACCCUCAAGGAGGAGUUGAUAGAGGUUGAGCUGGCAAUGGAGCGAGAGUAUGAGGCGGGGAAGAGGCAGCAAAAGGGAGCGGGGGGAGAGAGGGAAGAGGGCAACGCACACAAUAAGAUGAAGAGGGAAAGAAACUGGGAGUCAGGGAGUGAAGGAGGGAGGGCAAGUGUGGAAGUACAAGAAAGGGGAGAGAGAGGAGGGAUGAGGGACGGAGGGGCAGGGGUUGAGGGGGAGGUGAUAGAUGAAGAGGAGGAGGUGGAGGAGAGGGAGUGGAGGGAGAGGGGAGAGAGGGGAGAGUUGCGGCAGUCUGGUGGUGAUACUGUGGGGGACAUGGAGAGGGAGAUGGAGAGGGAAAGGGAGAGGGAGAGAAGGGAGAGAGAGAGGGAGAGGGAGACAGAACGAGAGCGUGAGCAGGAGAGGGAAUGGGCAAGGGAGGUGGAGAGGGAGAGGCAAAGGGAAUGGCAAACCCAGUGGCGGCAGCAACAGGAGCAGGAGGAACAGGAGGAGCAGCAGAGGCGGCAGCGUCGGCGGCACUUGCGGCGGGGAGGGAGAGCUGAGGCGUUUGGGCUUGAAGAGGACGAUUUCAUUGACCAGAGCAUGGCCAUGGGAAGCUUCGUGGCAGAUGCAGGAGGAGGCGGGCCGGUGGUGCGACUGGGAGGAGCCAGGGGGUUCGCCUUUGGGGGCUCGUCAGAGUCACAUGAGCGCACAGUCAUGAGAGGGCGCAAUGAGAUUGCAGAGAUAGCAGAGCGGCUGGCCGUGCGACCUCGAGAAGACAUGAUAGGGUCGGCGCACCGGCUGUACCAGCUGGCUCUGAAUCGCAACUUCACAAGAGGAAGGCGAGUAGCGCAGGUGGCAGCGGCGUGCCUCUACCUUGCGUGCAGGCAGGAGAAGAAGCCCUUUCUGCUGAUCGACUUUGCUGACUUGCUGCAGAUCAACGUGUAUGUACUAGGGGCGGUGUAUCUGCAGCUGCUGCUGGUGCUGCGACUGGAGAACCACGAGCCGCUACAGGCACCACUGGACCCCUCUCUCUUCAUCCACCGAUUCGCCGACCGCCUCAACUUUGGGCGCAAGAUGCAUGCAGUGGCCAACACGGCUCUGCGCCUUGUUGCCUCCAUGAAGCGCGAUUGGAUCCAGACCGGUCGCAAGCCCAAUGGGGUGUGUGGGGCGGCGCUGCUGAUAGCUGCACACAUUCACGGCUUUGAGCGAUCCAAGUCGGAUGUGGUGGCAGUGGUGCAUGUGUGUGAGCAGACAGUGCGGCACCGACUGCAUGAGUUUGAGGGCACAGAGGCAGGCGGGCUCACUCCGGAGGAAUUCGAAGAGAAGGCCAAGGAGUGGGACGAGCUUCUUUUCUCCACCCAGCCACCCACCCCUGCUCUCGUUGCUCCUGCCUCUUCCCUCGCCCCUGCUGCUGCUGCCCUCGCUACCAAGGGCAAACAGGGGAAGGGGAAAGCAGGGGGAGCAGCAGGGGGAGGGGCGAGGGGAGGCGCAGGGGGUUAUGGGGAUCCGGGUGGUGGGGAAGAUGGGGAGGGGGAGGCGGGGGAGGGGGGAGCGGGGGAGGUGGAGCAGGGGGAAGAGGAGGGGGGAGUGGUGGCGAAUGGGGGUGGGGGCGGGGGUGGGGGGGAAGUGGGGGAGGUGUAUUUGACUCAGUGCCAGCAUAAGGAUGCUGGGGCGGCUCAUUUUGCACAUGGGCUCUGCAGGCCGUGCUAUGACAUGCUGGCGCGGACGAGCGGAGGUUUGGUAGGGGGAGCCAACCCGCCUGCAUGGGGGCGGGGGGAGAGGGAGCAGCGCAAAGCAGAGCUGAGGAGGCGGAGAAGCCGCCUCACUGUGUACAGCGUGUUUGGGCAGGAGGAGCGGGAGGAGGGGGAUGGAUAUGGAGAAGGGGAGGAGUGGGGAGUUGGAAGGGAAGUUAUGGCUGUUGGCCAGAAGGGGAAGGGUGGAGGUGCGGGUGUGGCGGUGGCGGCAGGGAAAGGGGUGGUUGCUGCGAAAGCGGGAGGGAAGGGAGGGAAAGUGGGGAGGGAUGGGGUGUCGAAGCGCGAGAGAGCAAGGCAGAGGAUUGAGAAGGAUCUAGAUGCAGCUCUGCACCGAGCUGAAAUUGCUCCCCUCGUGGUCCACACGCUUCCAGACUCACUGGGACCUGCCGAACCAGAUACCCUAGGCUCGGUCAGGCGUGACGGUCUAGGUCCGGCAGGCAUAGAUCCGAGCCUGGUGGAUGACCCCGAUCCAGAUUUCUUGGCUGGGGAAGAGGGUGGGAUGGGCGGCGGAGGGAGGUUCGGGGGAAGCGUUGGAGAGAUUGGGGAGGAGGCGCAGGAGGGGGUGGAAGAUGAGGAGGAGGAAGAGGAGGAAGAAGAGGAAGAGGAGGAAGAUACUUUGUCGGAUAUAGAGGAUCACGAGGUAACGUUUCAUUGGUCACUUCACCAGAAGCCAGUUGCAGUAGCGAAGCAAGCGGUGGUGAGGUGGAUCAUCCAGUGGAGGAGAAGCAUUUCUUUGGCGCCUCAAAACCGUGUGAACUGA